UAUAUCAGUAGUAAUGAAAUUAUUGAUCAGUCUCGUUCCCAUGAUACCGAGCAAGUAGCCGAUAUGUCACCAAAUGAGCGCUAUUUUCGUUUAAAUACUCUGUUAGGUAAAGGUGCAUAUAAAGUGGUCUAUAAAGCCAUUGACCGUGAGGAAGGAUAUGAAGUUGCUUGGAAUGCUAUUCAAGCCACUCGCUCAAUCGACCAUAAGGAAAUGGAACAUGAAAUCAGUAUUCUAAAGUCUGUGCGUCAUCCUAAUAUCAUCGCUUUCCAUGACGCUUGGUACCAAAAAAAUGAGUUUGUCUUCAUCACGGAAUUGAUGACUUCGGGAACAUUACGAGAGUAUAUUCGUAAACUCAACUUGCCCAAUAUCAAAAUUGUCAAACGCUGGUCUCGACAAAUUUUGAAAGGGCUCGCUUAUUUACAUGGACACAACCCUUCCAUUAUCCAUCGUGAUAUCAAGUGCGACAACAUUUUCAUAAACGGUGCUCAUGGUGAAGUGAAAAUUGGAGAUAUGGGUACGGCGGAAAUGAAGAUGGGAAAGAAAUACACAAUUAUUGGUACACCAGAGUUUAUGGCACCAGAAAUGUAUGAAGAGCACGGAUACAAUGAAAAGGUAGAUAUUUAUGCGUUUGGAAUGUGUUUACUAGAAAUGGUGACAGGCGAAUAUCCCUAUGGUGAAUGUAAGAAUGCUGCUCAAAUCUAUAAGAAGGUGUCAUCGGGAGUCAAACCUGCUAGUCUAAUGGAAGUGCAAAAUGAUGAAGUCCGUAAAAUAAUUGAGAAUUGUUUGGAAAACGAAGAUGAAAGAAUGACUGCGCAGCAAAUACUCGAGCAUACAUUUUUUGCUGUCGAGCCAGAUGUGAUUCUACUGGCAGCAGACCCAGCGCAUAUUCAUUUGACACUCCAGGUUGUGUUCAAAGGAAUGGAUAAAUUGUCAGUCAAGUUUGAUUUUAACGUAGAGACUGAUACAGCGGAGCAAGUAGUUCGUGAAAUGAUCGAGGAACAAGUUCUGCCAGAGAGAUACCAGCAUCAUAUAACUAAAGAAAUUAAUAGAAUUUUAAGAGACAUCGAUAAGCCUAACAACAGUAAUAGUAGCAACAGUGUUGAAGAAGAUGACGAUCGUUCCGCUUCCUCUAUUUGGAGAAGGGAAAACGAUAUCAGAUCUGAGCUUCAAAGAACCCGACAAGAACUAGCAAGGACAACAGAACAUGUAUUGGAAGUGGAAUCGAAAUGUGACGGUUUUGAAAGUCGUGCUCGUGUUGCAGAGAAGAAGUAUUUUGAUGCUCUACGUAGUCUCAAAGAUUUAAGAGAAACACAUCAAUUAACAUCAACACCUACAUCAAUCGCGUCCUCGCCAGCCAUUUCCGACGAACAACUUGAAUAUUUGUUAAAGAAGAGAAAGUAUACCGACGAUACUGAUAUCGAAUUGUUUGUGAAGGAUUGUGCUGUUGCUAGUCAUCGCAAUGCGGAAAAAGCUUAUGAAUGGGCUAACAAAUUAAAGGAUCAAGAUAUAAUGACAGUAGGCGAUCUUCGUGAUCUUCACGAUGAAGACUGGGCUGGUAUAGGCUUGACAGUUUAUGCUCUACGUGCGCUUAAGAAUAUGCUGAAGGGUAAGAGGCAA